UCAAUAAAAACAUUACAGGCCAUUUUAAUCCUAGCCUGAGGAAUCUCAAACUAUUUACUUUUUAAAAUCAAAUCCUCGUGGUCUAAAUAGCCUUUACUGCAAAUUUGAUUCAGUUUUGUUAAAUAGUUGCGCAAUUAUUUGGCUUUAAACACUCCAUCUUUAACUACGACAGCUACCUUCUAGUUAACCAAAAUAUGAUAUGAAAUAUUUUAAUAUAUAUUACAGACAUGGUUUUCUAAAAUUUUUUCCUUCUUAUCAUCGCUCAUGCUAUGAUGAGCUCAGCCGAGGUAUCACAAGAGGACCUAAAAAAGUUUGCAGUUGCCAACAACAAAUUAGCAGCUAAACUUUAUCCUAGAUUGAUUAAAGGAAACACUGACAAUGUGUUCUUUUGUCCCGCCAGUUUAAUGACAGGAUUAGGAAUAUUUUUAUAUGGAGCCAGAGGAAAUACCCAAAAGCAAUUAUAUUCUUAGGUUAUAAGGCAGCGUGUUUACCUAACAAGAAAGUUCCAGAGACCUUCAACUACAUGUUUACCAAUCAACUACCCCAAAAUGAUCCAAGCACACCCAAUUACACAUUGAGUUGUGCCGAUGCAGCUUUAGCAGCAAAGAAAGUCCAACUGGAUUGUGCAUUCAAAAAAGAAGUGCAAAAGCAAUAUCUCGCAACAGUAGCAAAUGUUGACUUUAGCAAAGCUGAGGAGGUUGAUCUUAAAAUCAAUUAUUUUGUAGCUGAACAAACGAGGGGGAAGAUUCGACACAUUGUAAAUGGUGUAAGCCCUAACACCUCAGCUCUGGCUGUAAAUGCUGUGUAUCUCAAAGGAAAGUGGGAAACGCCUUUUCCAUCGGAAUUGUCGAAGUCACAGCCAUUUUACUCACCAUUGGGAGAACAGUCUGUUCCAUUUAUGCACGUUAGCGGCCCUUUUCCUUAUACGGAAACGAAUGACUAUCAAGCUAUAUUUUUGCCAUAUGUAGGGCAAAAUGUUGGAUUAAUACUUUUUCUACCACGACAGAAAAAUGGACUGUCGACUUUAGAAAAGACUAUGACCCCAGAUAUGAUUGUGAAAGUCGUGAAUCAGCUCAAAACCGCAUCUGCCGUUGUCUACAUUCCAAAAAUCGGGAUUCAGUAUUUCAGAAAUUUCACUAACGACUUCAAGUCUCUUGGAGCUACCUGUGCAUAUGAUGGCUCUGGUGACUUUUCAGGUAUCUCAAAGAACAAGCAUUUGGCUGUAUCAGGUCCUCUGCAUAAGGCUUAUCUAGAAAUAGAUGAAGGAAAUCAAGAUGAAGGAAAUUAAGAUGCAGGAGAUCAAGAUGAUUGCGACCAGCCUAUCGAUAUUCCACCUGCUCAUUCGAAAGAAUUUACUGCGGAUCAUCCAUUCAUGUUAGCAGUUGUGGACAUCAGAGUUAACAUGUUAUUGUUUUUGGGUCGCUUUAUAAGUGUGUAAAAUGUUUUUAUCUGAAAUUGGUGGUGGUUCAUUAAAACAUAUGUUCCAUUCUAAAAUGUUAUUUUAUCAAAUAAAGAAUGGAUUUUUUCUUGCUGUC